GGAGGGGGGUGACCGUGAUGUAAUUUUUCACUUAAUGACCAACCGCUGUGAAGACACUGCCAGCUUUUAAUGAAUGUGAACAGUAAACGCUCCCAGGGGAUCUGCUGGUGAUAUGGAGCGAUAAUGAAAAGGGCGGAAACUGCAGGUUCACCCAUGAAUAUUAUUUACCCAAGUCCAGAGUCACGUCCACACAAGAGGAGCAGGUGGUGCUUUUGCUGACUGAUAAUGGACACCGAUGAACAACUAACAAUGCUCUGACUCCUUGGAAUAAUUUUCUGCUCUAAUCCUUUAACUUGGAGAUGUCUCCAGCUGCACAGAACUCUUGGAACACUAGCAUUUGGGAACAUUACAUUGACGUCACACUUGUGGUGGCAAACUGUUUUGUUCUUUUGCUUACUUCUGUUGUGGGAAUUACAGCAAAUGUUUUUGUCAUGUUUACAGUCAAUCGGCAAAAAUCACUGCAAACAUGCAAUAAUGCACUUGUGGUGAAUCUUGCGGUUAUAGACAUUCUUCGCUGUACCAUCGAUUGUCCCGUUCUCUUGGCUAUCGUUCUGAUUCUACACCAACAGGGACAAGUGGAUGAGCUGAUCUGCGAUGCACAAGUUGCCUUUUUUUCUUUCAGUUGCUGUGUUCAACUUUUAACACUGGCGUGUAUAAGUGCAGAGAGGUACCAGGCCAUCGCAAAACCCUUUAAAACUCAACAGCAACGAAGGCGGGUUAUAGUAUUGAUUCCUCUCGUUUGGACCUUGGCUAUUCCGGUACUUGCUUUAUGUGUGACUUUUCUGAAAGAUUCCCCCGUACAUUUGAAAUGUCACACGUCAGACAGGGAAACAGCAUCGUCUUAUGACACCUUUGGGCUUUACCUGCUACUCCCACUGUGGGCAACUUGUUUUGGCGUCAUUAUUGGGUUCUACACUCGUAUAUACACACUUGUAAGGGCUCACAAUUGCAAAAUAUUCGACAAAGGCACUGUUCUUGUUUUAAAUACAGACCAAACUAAAGAUAAUCAGAGGGAAGAAGCAGUCAUCGUUGUGGAAAAUGGACAUGAAGAAAUAAAGCAAAUCCAGACCCAGAGGAAAACUGUUGUUCAGGGGGAGCUGCGGGAUUCAUCUGAGAAAGAUUCCAAGGCUGCGGUACAGCCUGCUGCAAAGGGGUCGCUGUGUCUCUCUGUGGACAUGGAUGCUAAUAAAGAAUUAAAUGGGUCUGUGAUCAAAUUUGGAGCAAGCAAUGAUGAAACACCUUCCAGCCUCCAUGCAAUGGAAGUUGAAGCUGAACUGUCAAAUGGAUACACUAUUGUUAUUGUUAGGAACUCAACUGCAAAGUCCCAAAGUGUCUCAAACUCUGUUGACGUCACAAGUCAGACUGAACAUAAUCAAAAAACUAACAGGUCCACAUCUGAAAUGAAAGAAACAAGCCAUCAAGAUCUCUUGACUGUGCAAUCACAGUCUGAAGCCUGCUUGACUUUGCUCACGGACCUCAAACAAGUUAAGGACACCAGUGGUAAAGACGCGCCAGCUCUUGCAACAGGAGCUGAAGUGUCGCCAUUACCUCAAAUCCCAAAUAAUGUUCCUGAAACAGAAGCUGCAAAACAAACUCCCAAAACAGAAGGUGCUGUUUGCAUGAUGCCUUUAGCCAACAGAGAAAGGGCGAAUAAAAAAAAGGAAAGUAAAAUGGCUAAGCGUGCUGGCUACAUCAUCCUAUCCUUCCUCCUGUUCUGGCUGCCACUUAUUAUAUCCAUUAUCGUGAAUGUCAUAAUCUACAAAAACAAGAAUACACAUGUCAGAAUCAUUCAGGAUGUGGAAAUCUUGUCAGUCUCUGUCUCUUGUAUGACGUCACUGAGUGACCCCAUAAUAUAUGCUGCAGUAAACCCCCAGUUUCGUGCAGAGUUCUACAGGAUUAAAAAUAGCUUUAAAUCCAUGUUCAUUAAGAAAUGAUCAUAUUUCUACAUCUGAAUUAAAAAUAGAUUUAAAUCCAUGUUCAUUAAGAACUGAUCAUAUGUCUACAUCUGUCUACUUUUAAGCAGUGUUGCCACAGUUACUUUGAAAAGUUUAUUUAUUAGUUAUUUUAUACAAUUACUUUAUACAGUUACUUCAUUAGAAGCUUUAUACAAGUCGGCAAGUCAGCUGCAGCCGACAGCUGAAUGUAACUAAUAAGAUACCUAGUAAUCUAACUUGGUUACUCUUAAGAUCGAGUAACAAAGUAACUAAUCAGCAAAGUGUUCUUAGUAAA